CUUCAAAAGAUUUUAUAUAUAUUUACAUCUGCAUGAUGAAAGUGUACUUUCGGAUGAAGUCUGUAGCAUCAAAUGCCAGUGCAAGGUAUCAAUUGUUUCUUACUUGGGACUAGUAAAUGGAAGUACUAAAUGAUAAGGAUUUGUCACCAUGAUUUAUGGGAGGCUGUUUGAAAGGACUGUCACUGAUUGCGAACUUAUCAACAUAAAUGUGGGAGGAUACAAACAGAGAAUCGACCAACAGACCCUGCUACGAUUUCCUCACACCAGGUUAGGAAAACUGCUGAAAUGUGACACCGAGGAGGAUAUUUUAGAGCUCUGCGAUGAUUACAAUGUUGUGGACAAGGAAUUUUACUUUGAUCGGAAUCCGUGCCUGUUCCGGUACAUUCUGAACUUCUACUACACAGGGAAAUUGCAUGUCAUGGAAGAGCUCUGUGCAUUUUCUUUCAGUCAAGAGAUUGAGUACUGGGGGAUUAAUGAACUUUUUAUUGACUCUUGCUGCAGCAACAGGUACCAAGAGAGGAAGGAGGAUGUGGUGGAUAAAGACUGGGAUCAGAAAAGUGAUGAGAGUAUUGACUCUUCCUUUGAGGAGCUGUCAGCCUUGGAUAAAGAUAUAGAUAAAUUUGAGAACAUGUGGUGUGGAAAACUAAGGAUGAAUAUGUGGAUCAGGUUAGAAAAUCCUGGACAUUCACUCUCAGCCAAAAUCUUCACAAUUAUAUCAUUGGGUGUGGUCCUGAUAUCCAUUGUGGCCAUGUGCAUUCACAGCAUGCAUGAGUUCCAACAACGUGAUGCAAAUGAUAAGGUGAUAGUUGAUCCUGCUCUAGAAGGACUGGAGAUUGCGUGUAUUAUUUGGUUCACCAUAGAGUUUAUUGUGAGAUUCUCAGUUUCACCGUGUCUAAAAAAAUUCUUCAAAAAACCCCUGAACCUAAUUGAUUUUAUUUCAAUUUUACCUUUCUACUUUACAUUGACCUUGGAGUCAAUGGAUGAAGACAGCGAAGAGUUAGAAAAUGUGGGUAAGGUGAUUCAGAUCCUGCGUCUAAUGAGGAUAUUCCGUAUCCUGAAACUAGCCCGGCAUUCAGUGGGGUUGCGAUCGCUGGGAGCCACACUCAGGCACAGCUACCAUGAAGUUGGACUGUUACUCCUCUUCUUGACAGUUGGGAUCUCUAUAUUCUCUGUGCUUGCUUACUCAGUUGAAAAGGACGAAAGUGAGUCAGGACUUCACAGUAUUCCAAUGAGCUGGUGGUGGGCGACUAUUAGCAUGACCACAGUUGGGUAUGGCGACACAUAUCCUGUCACACUGCUUGGAAAGCUCAUUGGAAGCAUUUGCAUUAUAUGUGGAAUUUUGGUAGUGGCUCUGCCCAUUACUAUCAUUUUCAACAAGUUUUCCAAGUACUACAGGAAGCAUAAGAUGGUGGACAUUGACCGUUGCAAUGCAGAACUUGCAGAAAGUUGUCCUGAUUUACCUUACGUGAACAUUCGAGAUAUAUAUGCCAAAAACAUGCACUCUUUCAUAGCUAGCAUCUCUUCUAUGGUUAGCACUGAUGCCAGUGAUCGCACCACAGAUGCUUCUAGCAUCCAAGAUCUUGAAACUGUUCAUAACACAGCAACAUUUGAGAACUGAACACUUACAUAUAUUUUUUUUUUGGCUUGAAUCUCUGCUUUCCUGACAAAAUUAUGUUCUAUGAUUCAGAUAUUUGUUGCACUUUAAAGUACUCAGGGUAUUAUAUGUUUGACAGACAAUAUCUAGUUAACUGAGUGUAAUAUCUUCAUGAACAUGAAAGAAGCAUGUGAAUUAGUUUACUGACUUCGACUUUAUGCAAGUACAUAAUGUUUUGUCUGUUUCUAAAAGAAAUGUCAAUGCAAUUAUAAAUUCAGUAAAAUCAAAGACAUAUGAUAAAGACUAUACUGUAUGCCUGUGGAAAUAUAUGAUUUGACUGUUAUUUAUUUUAAGAGAGAGAUGCAAACUGGCAGAAAUUCUGACUUUAUCUUUUCUGUAAUAAUUUUCAUUUUCAAUGUGUGAAUUGACAUCUUUCCUGGAGGCAACUUCUAGAAUGUACAUUGUGCACCAAAAUUAACAAAAUAAUUAGACCAAAUUAUAGUAGAAGUAUGUAUAUUUCAAACAUAACAAUAUGUUUAGUAUUUUGCUAAACUCAUCAACCACAGAUUGUCAAUAGCAGUUAAAAAGAACAGAAGUAAGUAUUGUAUAAAAAUAUCAAAAAUGUUUGGCAUCUGUAACACAAUUUGUAUAAGUCAAAUGCAAACUUAUUUUCUUUUCAGAGUCAUCUCAACAUUGGAACUGGAAAAUUUUUGGAGCAAGCAAACUGUCACAAAUAUCACCAUUUACCAAUCAUAAUAGCUGGUUGAAAUUAAGAGUUAAAAUUCAUAUCAAAAACCUGCGAGCUCAUGAGCCACUCUUGCAAUCAAAGAAUUAAGGGAAUUACUUGUCUGAUUAAAGAUUAGACCAAGGCCUUCUCUGCCCCCUCAAGAGGAUGGAAUAUCCAUAGUUCAUAAAAAUAUGAGAAAUUUCCCUUAACCCCUGGCAAAUGUUUAUCCUUCAGUUAACAUCAAUGAAUCAACUACUCUUCACUUGUCUGGUGAAACCCAACUGGACCAAACACAUAACCAUACCGACCUCAGCAGGUCACAGGUAAGUAUCAUAUGGUGAUCAACUCACUUGCCUUUUACAGUUUACAAAGCACAAGUCAUCGAGUCAUAUAGCAUGAAAAUAUGCCCUUCAGACCAGCUGAUCCAUGCCAACCAAGAUUCCCAAGUAAUCUAGACCCAUUUGUCCAAGUCAGGAGUGAAAUUGAAUGACAGCAGCUCCAACAACUUCAAUCUCAACUAUUCCGGACAAGGCAACUCAUUCAUCACUCUAAGCAUUUCUUUCCUCCUUCGUUGUUGCUCAGUGCCUGCACUGUGUAGCAUCUGCAAAACAUCCUGCUGUUAUUCACCUGGGCUACUCUGAAUGCACUUCCCAAUUCAUUGCCUCUAUCUCCAUGAAGGACAAGGGCAGCAUGUGCUUGGGAACACCACCAUCCCCCAGUUGUACACCAACCCAACUUGGAAACUUGUUACCUCUCCGUUAUUGUGGAUGGUCUUAAACUCUGGAACUCCCUCCCAAUUAGAAAUAUGGAAGUACAUUUCCUAGAUGGAUUGCAGUGGCUUGAGACAGUGAUAUGCCACCACCUUCUUAAGAGCAAUUAAGGUUUGGUAAUUAAUGCCAAUGACGCCCAGAGCCUGAAAACUGAAUAAAAUGUAAUCUGGUAAUUAUCCUAUUGCUGUGUGUGGAAACUUACUCCAGCAAAUUGACUGUGACAUUUUAAUAUAUUGAGAUUAAACUUUGUUGGGUGAUAGUUGUUUGACAUAUCAUAAGACCACAAUUGGUGUUUUGUUAAUAUAAGUUCCAAAUUUAAAUUUCCCACUGAAUUAAAAAACUCCUUUGCUAUGAAUCAAGCAAAUGAGAAUCAUAAUAGAUAUGGUGUUUUCUGAUGUUCUCAUUUACAUAAUUUAUUUUAAAUUGGAUUUUUCCAAUUCAAAUUGGAAAGAAUUUUGGGAACAGUGAAUGUGCGAAACAAGUUUCAGUUUGAUAAAAUAAAUGCAACUCAUUCUGACGAUAUUCC